GUUGAAGUAGCGGAACCUUGAAGUCUGAAAAACACCAGACUUGGGAAGGAAUUGGGGUUGAAAAGCUUUACCAAUUAAAACAUGAAGCAAGUCACCCGUUUCCUGUUCAUCUUGUUGCCGUGGAUCCCAGGCCUUCUCUAUGGGAUGACGACUCAGGACGAAUUUACAGUCCUUGAGGGUAACUCCGUCACUAUCCCCUGUCGUUAUGAGCCCGAGCAUGGCAGCUACGUGAAGUAUUGGUGUCGGGGAAAGAUGAGGGAAUUCUGCACCAGCUUGGCUCGCACAGAUGACUCCCUCUCUGACAGCCAGUCUGAGGACAAAGUAAGCAUUUUUGAUGACCCGAUCCAGGAGGUCUUCACAGUGACAAUGAAGAACUUAAAGGAAGAGGAUUCUGGCUGGUACAUGUGUGGCGUAGAGCUUGGCGGAUUUUGGAAAGCCGAUAUAAGUGCCUUCACUUACGUCAAGGUUAACCCGGGAAUGUCUGUAGUGAAGGGCAUGCUGAGUGAGGAGGAGGGACAUAGUGUCACGGUUCAAUGUCUCUACAGUGUCAGAUACAGGGAAAGUGAGAAGAAGUGGUGUCGGAGUGGAGACUGGAGCUCCUGCCUGGUGACAGGCCAUGAAGGCAGCUACGAAGACACGUCUGUAGCCAUCAGUGAUGACAGAACUGGGACUUUGACCAUAACCAUGAAGAAGCUGCACAUGAGCGAUAUGGGCUGGUAUUGGUGUUCGGCCGGACAGCAGCAGAUUGCGGUGCAUGUGCAGGUCUUACACCGACCAUCAACUACAGCAGCAGUGACUGUGACAUCCCGAGCUGCAGCGAGCGAACCUGUUGUGGAUGCAGCUGGCCCCAAGCACAUCACAAAGGAUUGCGGGAAGCGCCAAAUUUUCACCGUGCCGUCUGUCAUGAUGUGUGUGUCAUUGAUGCUGCUUGUAGCCUUGCCUAUAUUAGCAAGGAGAAUGUGGAAACAUAGUAAGCUCUCUGGAUGGAGCAACCCUAAAAUGUUGACUGCGCCCAUGGACUUAAGCACUUUUCGUCUUCUACUCCCCAGAGGCUGUAGUAAACAAAACAACAACACCUGCUCUGCUUCACUGGCAAUGACACAUCCACUACAUAAGUGUGUCAGAAGUCUGGACGGGAGAUUGUGCGUCGGUGGAAUGUACGCAAAGCCAGAACAGUUUGCUAAGAUAAGACAAACUAUGGGAAUGAAAGCAAGACACAUGGAGGACUAUGGGAUCGUGGUGACCUGCAAAAAAACCCAGCAGUAGUUUUCCUCAACAUUAAUCCCUCUGAUGCCAAGGUGUACUGAAAUAAAAUGCCACUGUUUUUUUUUUCCGUUGUGACUGUCUCGAGCAUUAACCAAAAAGGAGGUAAGAUAACUUUGUAUGUACUGUAAAUGUCAUUUUAACUUCUGGAUAAAUGCACACGCACACAAACACACGCACACACACAUAAUCAAACUUAACCCACAGCAUUUCUAAAAGUUAAUGCAAUACAAAACGCAUUUAUGGGACAUGCUGCCGAAACUAUAUAUGAAAGAAGUUAAUCAAUAAAUUGGUUUUGUUCUUGUUCUUCUAUAUGGGUUUUUGACUUCCCAAAUAAUAGUGCAUUAUUUUGACAUAUUGGCAACAGAGCUCAUGUGUUGUUACAAAAGAAAAUACAUUUUCCCGACGAUAUGGA